AUGAACGUACGAGCCGUUGUAUUUGCAUCAAAUAUUGACGGUAGAGACCAAAAAAGUAUGUCUUUUCGACAUACAGGCCAUUUUAUCAAGUUUUUAGUGAUGGUAAAUUUUCAAACUCUAAGAAGGAAAUGUAUUGAAGAACACAUUCCUUUCAUUCGUGCCGCAACUAAACGCACUCUGAGCAGAUGUGUGCAAAAGUUCCCCUACAUUUCCCUCAUCGGUAUCUUGGAUUAUCAAGGGUUAGAGGUUUUCGAAAAAUCUCUUCUUAGUAUAUGAAUUUUUGAGGAUUUCUUCGACGAAGUCGUCAAAGAAUGGAAAGCACAUUCCUCGCAUAUUGAGUAUCAUCUUGAUCAAAAAUCACUCAUUGCAUGACAAAUAUAUCGUUUUUUUCAUUGUUUUUUUAUUGAGAAUCUUCCCGAAACAUAAACGGGUGAGUUUUUUUGUGUUUAUUUAAUAAAUUACUCUUUGAUUUUUUUCCUCUUUAUGUUAACUUUACGGUCGGUUACGCCGCUUUCUGUUUUCAGUUCGCUCUUUUUUUCUUUUUAAUUAAAAAGAAAAAUUUUGACAUUUAUAACCGCACGUUUACAUUUUUUUAAAAAUAUCUAUGUGCAACUUCCAAUAAGCAAGCGACAGCAUAAUUAAUUAUGUUUAUAAUAAUUAAUUAAGCAUGUAUGUUUUUGAUAAUAACAACUUGUCCAAUUUGCUUAUCCUGCAUGUCAUCUAGCUCCACUUUUCUUCUUGUUUAAGAAGCCGUGCUCUCUCAGGAGUUCGGUGGAUGCUUGCCAGAAGUCCGCGGCUGUUCAAUAGACUGAUCGUGCCAGUUCUGGCCACAAGUCCCUUGCUCAUUGCUUCUUCUUUUUGUUCUCUUCGUUCCGCGUUUCUUCCGCUUGAGAUGGGCUCCGCGAUCUCAUCACUCUCCUCUAGGCCAUACUCCAGCCACGUCGAGAUGAACAACGGCGAUCCAGAAGUUGUUCCUGCCAAGGGCAGCCAUAAAUCGACGGUUCAUCUUUUUCUCUCUUUCUUAUUAUAACGACGGUCUUAGGUAAUCUUUCUUCACGGACUUGGAGACCAAGGGCACGGCUGGGCUGAAAUGUUCCGCAAUGAGUGCCGUAUUUCUUCGGUAAAGUAUAUUUGUCCACAUAGGUAAUUGAAAAUCUCUUUUCUUAAAAAUCAUUUUUGCAGUUCUUCCCGCUCGGUCACCCUCAACAUGGGGAUGAGCAUGCCUGCUUGGUACGACAUUGUUGGCCUCGACGCGAAUUCCGAGGAAGACUCCGAGGGCAUUCAGAGAGCCACGCGUUAUGUUCAUCAACUGAUCGACUCCGAAGUAAUUUUUUUAUAUGAAAUUUUGUUUGAAUUUUAUUUUUCUCAACAAAAAGGGAAGGUUAUCGAAAAAUUUCAACAGAACAUUAUCAAAUCCACGUCUUCAUGUUUCUUUCAUUUAAGGUGGCGGCUGGAAUACCUCCUGAGAAGAUUUGCGUUGGUGGUUUCUCUAUGGGCGGAGCUUUGGCAAUUUUCGCUGGACUGACCUAUCCUCGGAAAUUGGGCGCCAUCGUCGGACUGAGUUCUUUUUUCUUACAAAGAAAAGUCAUGCCUGGGGUUGGUGGUUCGCUUAUAAGAAUGAAGAUAAUAUCAGCGACAAAUUGGAGUUUUUUCCAGAACCACGCAGCCAAUCUAAAAACACCUAUCUUCCUUGGCCACGGAACGAUGGACGUUUUGGUCCCUUUCGCCAUUGGCCAGAUGUCUGAACAGUUCAUCAAAAAUUUCAACCCGAAUGUCGAGCUUCACUCUUACCAGAUGGCUCACAGCAGUUGCAAUGAAGUGAGUUCAUGUCUUCGGUUAAAAUAAUCUAUCAUACUAAUCUUUUUUAGGAGAUCCGCGACCUCAAAGAAUUUCUGAAAAAACAUCUGGUCUAA